UAUCAAGAUGGCGGCGCCCAGGAGCUGUGUUCUAUGGCGCUACUGCUGCCGCGGGUGGUCGCGAGCAACAGGGGACGGCAGGCUCCUCGGGCUUCGUAGAUCCUGGCCAUGGGCCACGCUGAGUGCGCGGUCCUUGUCCCAAGAGAAGCCAGCCGCGGAAACGCACUUCGGGUUUGAGACUGUGUCGGAGGAGGAGAAAGGAGGCAAAGUUUACCAGGUAUUUGAGAGCGUGGCCAAGAAGUACGAUCUGAUGAAUGACAUGAUGAGUCUGGGCAUCCAUCGUGCUUGGAAGGACUUGCUCAUCAGGAAAAUGAACCCACUGCCCGGGACCCAACUGCUCGAUGUGGCUGGAGGCACAGGUGACAUCGCAUUCCGGUUCCUUAGUUACGUUCAGGCACAGCAUCAGAGGAGACAGAGGAGACAGUUGAAGACGCAGCAGAACUUAUCCUGGGAAGAAAUUGCCAAAAAGUACCAGAGUAAAGAGGAUCCCUUGGGAGGUUCGCUUGUCGUGGUCUGUGACAUCAACAGGGAGAUGCUAAAGGUUGGGAAACAGAAAGCCGUGGACCAAGGGCACACAGCUGGACUUGCGUGGGUGCUGGGAGACGCUGAGGAACUACCCUUUGACGAUGACAGAUUUGAUGUUUACACCAUUGCGUUUGGGAUCCGGAAUGUCACCCACAUUGACCGGGCUCUCCAGGAAGCCCGACGGGUCCUAAAGCCAGGAGGACGGUUUCUCUGUCUGGAGUUUAGCCAAGUGACUGACCCCCUCAUCUCCAGGCUUUAUGAUCUGUACAGCUUCCAGGUCAUCCCUGUCAUUGGUGAGGUCAUUGCAGGAGACUGGAAGUCCUACCAGUACCUUGUAGAAAGCAUUCGCAAGUUCCCAAAUCAGGAAGAGUUCAAGGCCAUGAUUGAGGACGCAGGCUUUCAGAAGGUGACUUACGAGAACCUGACUACAGGGGUCGUGGCCAUUCACUCUGGCUUCAAGCUCUAGCUCCUUCUCCAUGGAGGGGCACAGGCCUGUCAUUUCUACUGAAGCCCCGGCGGGGCUGGAAGGUCAUCUCCCUGAUGAGACAGGAGCUGAGCAUCCGUCUCCUUAAGGCCAUGAAACCUUGGAUUCAUGUUCUGCAUUGACCAGUCUCAAAAAGGAAGAGACAGAUAACUGCCUCUUUUGCAGCUCUCAUUAGUAGCUGCCCAGGCUGCUGAGGCCUUUUCCCAGAAGCGUCUGGCCUGGUUUUUGCUGGAUUCCUGCUAAGGCUUAGCUGUGCAGUGUGGGAGUCGGGUAAAACCAACACGGAUGCAGGUUUGAAGCUUCCUCGUAGCUUCUCUAGGACAGAUGUAUUCUAGAGCGAUAAUGGAUCUCUGGACUCCAGGGAGAAUCUGAACCAAAAGCCACGGUCCACGUCAGAAUGCUGAGUGUCAGCACCCCAACCCGGGAGGUGCUCAGUGGUGAGCGCCUGAGGUCUGGGGCUGUGGGUACAGCUCAGUGGAGCAUGUGCUUGGCAAGUUGAGGCCCUGGGUUUGGUGCUCACCAGAAGCAAGCAAACAGAAGUAGGAAUCUGUGAAGCAGUAAAGUUUACAAUUUGGG